GGAAAUGCAGUAAUCAGCCUUGAAUGCAAUUUCCUGUUGAGGAGACUGAAGCUGUCUUCAGCACUGUAUCAGUAGAAGGUGGAGGAGACCCAGAAAGUGUGCAAAACGGGACACAUGGAGCCAGAUCCUGGACUUUGACACGAAGUAAAAAAAAGACGCGGCACAAAGAAGUUAUUGCAGAAUGCUGCAUAAACUGUUUCGGAGUUUGCGGAUGGUGCUGUCAGGACUUUUAAGAAGUUGAAGGAGCUUUAACUCGGGACAAAGAUUGACUUCAGUGCGCUGUUUAAGUGAGCCAGCGAAGGAGAAGCGGAUUAACCAAAAAAUAAUAAUGAUGAUGACGAUAAAGUCAAACUGAAGUUGUGAGAGUCACGAAAACUGAAUCAAUUGUCGUGAACUGCACCAAAACACUAAAGUAAGGAAACUAAAGCGAAAGAAACGAUUUAUCCACUACGGGACCGGAUAGUAAAGAAGUGAAAAGAGUAACGAAAAGUAGUUAUAAGGGGUAGAAUGAUUUAGUGCAAUAUCACAGAAUAUUGUUCCAGAUCCAAGCCCCACUACCCAAGCCUGUGAGCAGAUGUUGGAGUCUGAGGAGGAGCGGCACACUGAGAGCUCGCCAGAACUUCCCGAUGAGGCCCCUGGCACGUCACAGACUCUGUCCAGCACUUCUGGCUCAGAUGCAGAGAGGGGUGACGGGCUGCGGGGCCAGGAGGAGACAGCCAGCCUCGUCAAGGAACACGGCGACCAGGAGAAGGAGAGCCACAACAGCCUGUCGCAACCAGAUCCUUCCUCCAGCAGCAAGAACGUGACAUGUCAGCCGAAGGCCAGAUCAGUGCCCUGCCACUCCACAGAAAGCUGCUCUCUGGACUGCAACAGCACCAGGCAGAACGGGACGAGGCCUACCCGAGAUCGCCCAGCGGCGGGCUCCUCCCCGGGCAGCGCUUCCCAUAAGGGCCCCCCCAGGAAGCUGCAGUCCAACCCCUCCCUCACCAGCCAGGGCAGCAAGCGAAGCCGGGGCAGCUCUAAGUCGACCAGCUCGCAGAUCCCGAGCAAGGCGCAGGACGACUGCUGCGUCCACUGCAUCCUCGCCUGCCUCUUCUGUGAGUUCCUGACUCUCUGCAACAUCAUGCUGGACUGUGCCACCUGCGGCUCCUGCUCCUCGGAGGAGUCCUGCUUCUGCUGCUGCUGCGGCUCCGACGAAUGCGGCGACUGCGACCUGCCCUGCGACAUGGACUGCGGCAUCAUCGACGCCUGCUGCGAGUCGGCCGACUGCCUCGAGAUAUGCAUGGAGUGCUGUGGCCUCUGCUUCUCUUCCUGAUGCUCCUGGGCCGGCCAGUCAGAGGCACCGCUGGAGCCACACCCCCUUUUUUGGGAUUGGUCCACCUUAUUAGGGAGGGGGAACCACCGGGUACAUCAGUCUCGGUGCCUGACCUUUCACUAUGCAGUCGGUGGCCUGUUUGCUGCACUGUGCAUCUCUUAGGUGCGUUCCUGCAUCCCAAAGCAAGGUUGUACUCAUAGUACGAUCCAGGUUAGUCUUCUGCUCCUUAAAUGAAGUGUAAUUCUAGGUAUAACAGGGUUUCACCAUUUUUGUGGAUUUAAGAAGGCCCAGAUCUGGGGUGGGUGGAGACAAAGAACUAUAGAAUGCUCAUCAAUUUAACUAGUCCUGAAGUGUAGGAAACAAGUCCUCUCUCUAAACCAGCUUAAUACCACAUACACGCGCUCUGUCCGCUUUAGGCGCUGUUCAGCAGAGGAAGUCGGGAAUGCUAAAUUCUUUGUGAAAAAUAAGUGCAUAUUUAAUAUAAAUAAUAAUGUAAUAUAAAGUUUUGUGGUGCAUCAAACUUACAUCAACAUGUGAAGAGAGGUUUCUUAUUCCAUAGGCUCUCCGUACACUAUGAUAUUUUCCUGAUUUUUUUUUUGUAUAUAAUUUUUUUUACAAUUACUGUUAUGCUGGAAAGGUCUGUGGAGUCAGGUGAACGCGAGUGGGACAGUUUGGUUUAACCCCAGGCCAUGUCUGGGUUCCCAGAGCCCAGUUAGAGGCGGAGGACGCAAAGCACACAUCUGCCGCUAGAACCAGACUAACUAGGGAAUGGGUGUAAAGUGGAGCGACUCGGUCACUCGGCUGAAGUGGUUUUUUUCGGGGGGGUUCGGGGGGGUGAUGUGAAAACGCACCAUCACACGCAGGGUCAAAAUGUUACCAUCUCUCCGUCCUAAAAACCAAAAAUUGAGUUUUAACACCAAAGAGCAAAAAAAAAUCAGUAUCCACGAAAUUGAGCCAUACUUUCGAGCACCCUGCGAACGUGACAGUGUCGUAAGUGAACAGCUACCAGGAACAUCCAGGCACGAAUCCGCAAUUUGAUCUGCUGUAGUCAUUGAUCAAUGUACUGUAAUGAUGUUACCAAAGUGGAGAAGACGAGGCCUUUGCCUUGCUCUAUAAAUUCCAUUUUUCUUCAUGUCAAGUCAACGUGACCAAAUUCUGACUUCUGUGCAAUUCUGCUAGCUUCCCUUCCCUUGUCAUUUCGUUCUGUUUAAAUGGGCUUGCGGGCCCCGAAUCUGAAAUGCGCUCUAUUGCCAUCUCUUGUUAACAUUUAUGGUCACCUGUAAGCAUACUAGAUCAUGAAUACUAUGAAGCAAUUUUGUGUUUUCUGAAAUAAAACUGCAAAUUAAAAAUCA